CUCUCUCAAAGAUCGAUCAGAGUAAUCUCUCUCUGUUGUGUGGAAAAACGAAGAAAGAAUGAUCAAGAACAUCUUCCAAAGUCGGAAACUCUCAGGUCUCUGUGUUCUCUCAAUCUUGCUCGUAUCAGUCACAAUCCUCCUCUUGACCAAUGAUACCAUCGAUCUCUUCCCUUACUUGUCUCUCCCUUAUCUCCCUCGAUCUUCUCUCUCCGUCAUCCCUACCUCCACGCCAAUCUCGAGUCCCACCAACGACUCAUCACCUCCUCUGGAAUCACCGGUUAAUCAAACCCGAGUCGAUGAUCAUCCUGAUGAUCAAGGUUUGGAAUUGGAUUGGCUUAAAGAUGACAAACAAUGGAACGUGAGUUUGAAGAUAGAUUGGAAGAGAUGUGAGAGUCCAGAUUACAUACCGUGUUUGGAUAACACAAAAGCUAUCAAGAAACUUAAGUCGAAGAGAAACAUGGAGCACAGAGAGAGACAUUGUCCUGAGCGUUCACCAAAAUGUUUGGUUCCUUUGCCACAACAUUACAAAGUUCCUCUUCCUUGGCCUCAGAGUAGAGACAUGAUUUGGUAUGAUAAUGUUCCUCAUCCGAAACUUGUAGAAUACAAGAAAGAUCAGAAUUGGGUUCGUAAAUCUGGACCUUUCUUUGUCUUCCCUGGAGGUGGAACUCAAUUCAAAGACGGUGUUAUUCACUACAUCAACUUCAUACAAAAGACGUUACCUAUUCUUGAUUGGGGGAAGAAAGUAAGAGUGGUUCUAGAUGUUGGUUGUGGUGUGGCUAGCUUUGGUGGGACUUUACUUGAUAAGAACGUUAUCACAAUGUCAUUUGCUCCUAAAGACGAACACGAAGCUCAGAUUCAGUUCGCACUGGAACGAGGGAUUCCCGCUACACUCGCUGUUAUUGGAACUCAAAAGCUUCCUUUUCCUGAUAAUGCUUACGACGUAAUCCAUUGCGCUAGAUGCAGAGUCCAUUGGCAUGGAUACGGUGGUAGACCACUUUUGGAACUUAACCGGGUUCUAAGGCCUGGAGGGUUUUUUGUUUGGUCAGCUACACCAGUUUAUCAACACGACGAAGGGCACCGUAAUGUUUGGAAAACAAUGGAGUCUUUGACUACAUCAAUGUGUUGGAAAGUUGUGGCUAGAACUCGAUUCACUAAAGUUGGAUUCGUGAUUUACCAGAAACCAGACUCAGAUUCUUGUUAUGAAUCUCGUAAAAACAAAGAUCCGCCUCUCUGCAUUGAAGAAGAGACCAAGAAGAACAGUUCAUGGUACACUCCUCUGCUUACUUGUCUACCGAAACUACCGGUCAGUCCAAUAGGGAAAUGGCCUUCCGGUUGGCCUGAGAGGUUAACGGAGACACCGGUUAGCCUCUUUAGAGAGCAGAGGAGUGAAGAGAGUUUCAGAGAAGACAGCAAACUCUGGUCUGGAGUCAUGUCUAAUAUCUACCUAUAUAGUUUAGCUAUAAACUGGACUAGGAUUCACAAUGUUAUGGACAUGAACGCUGGUUAUGGAGGAUUUGCGGCUGCUCUUAUAAACAAACCUCUGUGGGUGAUGAAUGUGAUUCCUGUAGAAGGUGAAGACACGUUAUCGACGAUUUUUGAUAGAGGUUUGAUAGGGAUAUACCAUGAUUGGUGUGAGUCGUUCAAUACAUACCCAAGAUCAUAUGAUCUCUUGCACUCUAGUUUCCUUUUUACCAAUCUUUCUCAAAGGUAAAAUUUAUGAUUCUUGCAAGUUGUUUUGACUUUUCGAUCUAUAGCUAAAACUACAUGUUGUUUUUGAUUUUGAUAUUCUCAGGUGUGAUUUGAUGGAGGUGGUAGUGGAAAUAGACCGAAUACUAAGACCAGGAGGGUAUCUUGCGGUGCAAGACACUGUCGAAAUGCUAAAGAAGCUAAACCCUAUUCUUUUAUCACUCCGAUGGUCAACGAAUCUGUACAGAGGCAAAUUCCUUGUUGGCUUGAAAUCUUCUUGGCGUCCUUAAACACAACAUUCAUCAUUCUCUUUAACAAAUCUUGUUCAUUUUCGUUUUGAUUAGGGCUGUUCAAUGAUUUUUGGUGCGGAUACUCUUAAUUUGAAGUUUUUUUUUGGUUUGGAAAGUAUAGCCUUAUAGGAAUCAAGUUAAACGUUAGAUUCUUGUGAUAAUGUGUCUUUUAACUAUAAAGUUUGAAGUAUAAAUAUAAUAUUUUUCCUUCCAUUUG